AUGUCUGAGGUCACUGUAGUCAUCCACUGGGGACCACAUGUCACCGCUCUAAUAGUUAUUGUAUAUACUGAUAUUAGCCACAGGAGCAACUGUUUUCCAUUUGUUUUAGUGUUUUUUCCUCUUCAUGUUUCCUUUAGGUGUGAUGGAAAGAAAGUGUGUGAACUAAACACAAACGUCAUCCGUACUACUGAUCCCUGCUAUGGCAUCUUUAAAUAUCUGGAGACCAACUACACCUGCUUCCCAGCAAAUCACUUGGUUACAUGCGAGCACUCUUCAGCACACCUGCACUGUGAUGAAGGGCAGGUUAUUUUUGUGUAUGGUGCUGAUUAUGGACGUCGUGACCGAACCACAUGCUCUUACCAACGUCCCACCUCUCAAAUCCAAAAAGUCCUGUGCUCAAAUCCCACGAGCAAAGUGGCUGAAAUCUGUAAUGGGAAGAACAGCUGCACUAUCAGAGCAAGCAACUCAGUGUUUGGAGACCCCUGUUACGGCACUUACAAGUACCUGGAGGUGGCUUACGUAUGUCAAUAUCCUGUGUGAACACAUUGAAAUCACAGUAAUAUUCUCAAUAGUAUUCAUACUCAAUCAGUUGCUCAAAUGUUUCUUCAGUUUAUGAUUGAAUUUAAGAACUAGAGAAGUAUGGAAUUUAAUCAAUAAACCAAUGCACCUGAUAAAAUUCAACUGUAAACAUAAUUUAAAUAUGAUUGAAUAACACUGUAUAUUUGAUCUUUUUUUUUUUACUGCAUCUGUAUUACCUUAACUACCCCAACAUCUCUUGUGUGUUUAACAAAUAAACUUGUCUGACCUUGUCUUACAUAAUGACAGAGUUAUUUAUGAUGUAACAAUGGACUUUCAGUCAUUCAGACUGGGGCAUAAAAAACACAUCUUCAGAACAGGGAAGAAUUAUCAGGAAUCAGGAAUUAAGGUGACCGGAUUUCUGAAAUGAAAACCAUAGACAUUUCCAGUUCGAAAGUCAAUGUUUCAUUAAAGUACCCCAUGUUUUUAUGCCUUUGCUCCGGUCAAUACAGCAAACUUGCUCACCGUCUAUUUCAUCUACAUCAUCUACGUCAGAGCUCCCACAGCAUUAGCACAUUAAAAUGCUGAAGGUCAACCUGGGAAACAUUAUGCCUGCUAAAUAUCAGCAUGAUAGCAUUGUUGAUGACAUGCUAACAUUAGCAUUGAGCUCAGAGGUGCUUUACUCCUAUUCUU